AUGCCCAUCAACUCGGCCUCAGGCUCGACCUGCACCAUCAACCUCCUCCAGCCAAACGCAAUACCCAACAAACUGCCAUGUCGGGAGUACCUACACCGAUCAACCAGAGACCCGACCACUGGGGCUAUCCAAGAGAUCGUCACUAUCGAGUCCCAACAUGCUAGUCCAUUCGAAAUCUUGCUCGACAUCAAGCCCAACAUCUAUUUACUCAAUCAUCCCACCACAACUAGGACCUCUUCUUCCAGCAAUCCGAUCAAAUUUCAAGACUUUGUUUACUGGUUUCACUUAGAUGGUAUCAAAAUCGGCUGGACAUAUUCCAUUGGACCCGGGCCACAUUUGAUCGAUGUCCCGACGAUUUCUUCAGACGAUUUCUCGAGCUAUCGUGCGCUCCAAUUCGCACCGCUCAACCUGGUCGAUCCCGAUGAUCAUCCCGAUCGGGGAUCCCAAAACGCGGUCUGUGAAGACGAAAAAGUCGUCAAGUCCCUCGGCACGAUUCGCGUGGAUAUCUUCAGAGCUAACUUGGUCCGCGAACCGUUCAGAGUUGAGGAUCACCGACAUGAUGAUGCUCACGAUCUGCAAACUACCAAUCAGAUGGAUUUCUCUGAACGUUCUAAGAAAGCUUUGCUCUCCACUACUGCCGGUCUCACUCAACACUCUAUUCCAGAUCCCUCUCCGCCCCCAGAAUCUACUUGGGAAGUCGAUGAGAAAGAAAAGGAUCCAUUCCUUCAAUUUAUUUUCAAAUAUAAGCCGAGAGCUAUUUUGGAAGCCAAAGGGACCAUUCCAAGAGCGGCUGGAGCGGCUGAUUCUUCCUCACGAUCAGGCAAGUUCAGACACGUUGAUGUGGAUGAUGAUGAGAUUUCAAUCGUCGAGAGCAAGCCAACAACUAAAGAAGAAGAAAAGAUUACACGAACACUCAACCCCCUUUUCAAAACAAAACAGAAACCAAACCUGCGGGAAAACCCGAUUGAAAUCAAAUCAGAUUCGGAAUCAGAAGCAGAAUGUAAGUCAAAAUCAGAAGAACGAGCUCAAAAUCAAGAAGAACGAAAGAAGAACAAACGCAUCAAGAUUGUGAAUAAACAGAUCAUCAAAAAACCCAAGACUGACGCCAAACCAGAUCGCAAAUCGAAGAGCAGAUCAAUAUCAGAUCGCAAACCUGUUGUCGUUGACCUUCAAGGGACAGUGUUCUUGGAUCUGACCGGGUCUGAUGAUGACAAAUAG